AUCAUCAUCGCCAAAUUAGCUUGCACAAACAAGUUCGUUGCUGAAUCUUUGAUUAUCCCAUAGCACUCUAGACAUUUAAUGCUUCCACAACAAGGAAUGACUUCAGGUACAUCUGCUUCAUCCUCUAUCAGUGGUACUGAGCACGUUAAUUUUCAGGAAAUUGUUUCAUCACUCCAUAAUGAAAAUGCUAUAGAAUCAGCCCUUUACAAGGAUGCUUCCAAUGUUAUCACUGAUAGAUUGGAGUUUGGCAUUACUGUUGAUGCUAUUCUUGUUAAACCUAAUGUUGAAGGAAGUAAUGAUACCGUUGUUGAAAAGAUUUGCAAUGCUGUCAAUGAAAAUGGUGUUUCUAUGCUCAGAUCAGCUCUCGGAACAACAGUCAUUGAUCAAGGUACUAUUAGAGUUGUUAUGCACAAUGGUCGUGUUGAAGUUUGUGGACCAGGAAGAUACAUGAGAAUUAAUCCAAGAGCUCACUGGAGUGACACCUACAAUUUGGAAAAUGAUGUUAUUGUUCACGAAACUUUGAAAAUUAUUCGUAUAAGAAAGGGUUAUUAUGGCUUGGCUAAUUUGAACGGACAACCUUUAAUUCUCGGAGAGGGUUUGCACGUUAGAAAUACCAGAUUAUUCUCUUUUAAGGAAGCUAAGGAAAUUAACCAAGAAAGAAUUGAACAUGGUACCAUUAAUAUUUUGAGAAUUCCUCAAGGGUACUAUGGUAAGGUUAUUGAGAAUAACAUUCCUAAAUUGUUGAAGGCAGGUAAUUAUGUCGUUGAUAGUGCUCUCUUCAGUUAUCAUGGUUUAGUUUCAAUUAACGAAACUCAUAUCAAGCACUCUACCAUUCAAAUUAUCAGAAUUCCAAAGAGUUCUAUUGGUUUAGUCACUGUUGGAACCAAGCCUUCAUUAUUGCAAGAAGGAUUGUAUAUUUUCAAUGAUCAAAAUGUUACUUAUAAUGGAAUGAAGGAUAUUACAGACUCAGUAAUUAGACAUCCUCCAAUUACUAGAUUUAGAGUUACUUUGGGUGAGUUGGCUCUCUGUUGGUACAAGAGUGUCCCUGUCUUUAUUUCUGAACCUCAAGUUUAUGAAGUUAACAGUACUGACUUUUUAUUCGAAAAGUGUGUACCUGUGAAAACCAAGACUAUUAUUUUGGGUUCAUCAAUGAGAAUUAUUGUUAAUGAAGGUGAAGUUUGUGUUACUUACAAACGAGGUAAACUGGAUAUUCUUAAUCCAGGUACCUUUGUUUUCACUAAUGAAUUGGAUCGUACAUUCGAAUCAUACAUGUCAACUAGAUUAAUGUCCAUUCCUUUGAUUGAAGAUGUUUCCAAGGAAACCUUCUUGAGAUGUGACACUCGUGACUUUGUUGAAGUUGGUAUUAGAGCUGCUGUUUCAUUUAGAAUUUCUGAUCCAAAAUUGACUUUAACUAUUGUUGGUAAUGAAGCUCAAACCAUCAAAUUAAUUAAGGAUCAAAGUAUUGCUGCUUUGCAAGCCAUUGUUAGAUCUACUGCAUUGAAUCAAUUGGCUCAAAACAAGACCAUUCCAGCCUCUGAACUUAAAGAACAAAAUACUCAAACAAGUGAUCACAGUGAUCCUAAUGUUUCUUCAAAUCCAUCAGCUCCACAAUUCUUUGAAAACCUUCACGAUGAAUUCAUUUCAAAACUCCAUGACACCUUCAAGAAGAGUUAUGGUAUUGAAAUUGAUAAUAUCCGUAUUGAAGAUUUCCAAAUUAUAAAUCAAGAAUUGGCAACAAACAUUUCCAAACAAGCCAUCAUUACUGCUGAAACCAGUACCAAAUUGGCCAACUUGGAAGCUCAAAGAGAAAUUGAAUUGGCUGGUCAAGAAAGAUUGAAUUCUAUCAACUCUAUCAAGGCUACUGCUGAAGCUUUCAAAUUAAAGACUGAAACUGAAGCCAAGAAUAAUGCUACCAUUAUUGAAGCUGAAACUAAGGCCAUUGAAAUCAAGACACUUGCCAAGGCCAGAGCUGAAGCUCUCACUAUUGAAGCAGAAGCUGAAGCCAAAGCUAUUGAAAUUAAGGCUCUUGCUGAAAAGAAGAGAGCUGAAUAUUUGAGUUCAACUGAAUUUGGUAAACAAGAAGCUCUCUUGACAAAACACCACGACAUGGUUGUUCAAGCCAUGAAGAGUGUUUCUCAAGUUGUUUACCUUCCUAGUGAUGCAAAUAUGGGUUGCUUGCCUUUGCAAAUGUUUGGCAUGCAAGGUGGAAUUCCUAAUUUCGAUAGUAUUACUAAGGAUGCUGGCAGAAGUAAUGGUAGAAAAAAAGACUAAGACUCUAAGUAAUUUGUAAAUAAAAUAGAAAAGAUUGU